GAUUUCUGGGAACUUUUUCUCUGGUUUUAGUGGGGUCCACACCUACUUUUUCUUAAAAACCCAUUCUAGAAACCUGAUGUAAAAGUGCUCUGAUAUGCCAACUUUGGAGCUACGUAUAUGGAGUACCAGUUGUGUCUCGGGUUUCCAGCUUUUUGAAGAGACUGUGGAUUAUAAAAUCCAAGAACACCAACAGAGAGCUGAACUUGCGACUGAAGAUGGAAAUUCGUUUCCGUGGAGUAGGGUAGUCACUCUUUCUGUAAGAUUUUAAUUUAUUUUUUAUUUUUCUAAAACCAAAUCAUAUAUAUAUAUAUAGCGACACUGUUGAGAGACCGGUUCAAUUUUAGUUUUGUUGAAAUUGGGACAUUUAAGAAUUGUCUAAACUCAGACCGGUUAUGCAAGCCGUUUUAGAAACAUACUAGAAUUUUGAUGUUGUUAUAAGAAGUUGGUAUGCAUAGAUUAACCACGACAUAUAAACAAAGUUAGAUAUUUUUUUAAAAAAUUACAAUGAUCUUAAUUAGCUUACUGAAUAUAACUAUUAUGUUUUACUUUUUAUAUCUUGUUUGUUCUCAUGUGAUUUUUCUGAUUCAUAACUGGUAAUGUAUAACUCAUUUGUCUUAUUACAUUCAAUACCAAAAUACCUACAUUUUGCUGUAAAACCUAUAUAUAUUGUACAAUAGGGAAACAAUUAAAACAAAUACACUUUCACCUUUUAACAAAAUUUGUUCCCAUAUUGUACGUGUGUUUGCGUUUUAUCUUCCCCUUCUUCUUUUUUUUAGCUGGAUCUUAUCAUAAACCGAAUCUCCCACCAUACACAAAAGAGUAAGAAAGUAUUACUGGAGAAUAUGGGUUGCUGAUAUUUGUCAACCGGAGAGUGAAACUCAACACUGACUUGUUUAUGAAGUCACUAAUUUUGAAUUAUGGUAUUAAAAUCGAAGAGAAAUUGUAAAUUUUUCUUAAUCUACUUACGAUCGAUUGAGAGUUUGACUGCCAGUUAUCUAAUUUUAGGAAUGUAUAGGAAUAGGAAAAAGAAAAGGUUGUGGAAGAAAAGAGACGAUAGAGGAUUGAGGGUGUAGGAUACAAUUUUAUUUUGCAUUAUUAUUUUUAAAUGAUUUUUUUUUUAUAAUUAUGCCAUGUGUCAGAAUUUUAUUAGAAAAUUAACUUAUGCUUUAGACCAUGAUUAACCCAGGGUUUUUAGAGUGAGAUUCUUAUCGGAAGUUAAGAAAAUGUUUCUUAACUUCUAACUAAAAAAAGUAAGAACCGGUUCUUAAAAUCCUUAUUUAAGAACCGGUUCUUACUUUUUUUAGUUAAAAGUUAAAAAACAUUUUCUUAACUUCCGAUAAGAACCCCACUCUAAGAACCUCGGAUUAAUCGUGCUCUUAAUAUGUCUUUUAAUUUUGUGGUCUGCGAGGAGAACGCGGCCAGCCCGGAGAUAUUAGACACGUGGUGAACUUGCAGAGACAUCUCCACAACAAAACCGUAAAUAUUGAUCGCCACGUGACCUCGCAACACCACGUGGUGAGCAGUAACCGCUUCUCGGAAAGACCUCUGGUCUUCGCUUUAGAAACCUCUUUUUAUAAGUGAUAAUAACCUCCAAGGACAUUGGAACUAGAAUCAUCAGAACAUUCAAAAAAGGAAAAAGAAAAAGUUUGUCAAAGCAAAUUUGAAAACGUUGUUCUGUAAUCACUGGUCAAAAGUGAUGAUGGAAAGAAGAAGAACGGCUUUGGCACUGCUGCUGGUAGUGGUGGUUCUGACGUGGCAGAAGGGAACGACGGCGAAGGACGCGAGAAGCGCCGCUGAAAUGGCAAAGAAAAUGGCAACAGAGACUGUUUCAUGGGCCGGUUGGGUCUCUGACAGAAUAACCACUGGACUUGGUAUAGAAAAAAAGGAACCAGAAAGUGCCGCCCAACGCACAAAAAACUACGCUUACAAGGCCGCACAAUACAUCAAAGACUCAGCGUAUGACAUGGCUGGUGAUGCAAAGGAUAUGGCUUAUGAAAAGGCAAGCAAUGCAAAAGAAAUGGCCUCCGAGAAAACUGGCUAUGUAAAGGACAUGGCUUACGAGCAGGCUGGACAUGCGAAGGAUUAUGCUUAUGAUAAGGCAGGCAACGCGAAGGACAUGGCGUACGAGAAGGCAGGACACACGAAGGAUUAUGCCUAUGAUAAGACUGGUAAUGCAAAAGAAGUGGCCUAUGAUAAGGCAGGCAUUGCGAAAGACAUAGCUUACGAACAGGCUGGACACGCGAAGGAUUUUGCUUAUGAUAAGGCAGGGAAUGCAAAGGACAUGGCCUACGAGAAGGCCGGACACGCUAAGGAUUAUGCCUAUGAAAAGGCUGGUGAUGCAAAAGAAGUGGCAUAUGAUAAGGCGGGCAAUGCAAAGGACAUGGCAUAUGAAAAGGCGGACAAUGUGAUAGACAUGACGUAUGACAAGGUGGGAUCUGCUUACAGUAGUGCCAAGGACAUGGCAUAUGAUAAUGCGGGAAAUACAAAAGACAUGGCCUAUGAUAAAGCGGGUAAUGCCAAGGACAUGGCAUACGAGAAGGCGGAAAAUGUCAAAGACAUGACAUAUGACAAGGUUGGAUCUGCUUACGGCAAUGCCAAGGACAUGGCCUAUGAUAAGGCGGUUAACGUGAAGGACAUGGCAUAUGAGAAGGCGGGAAAUGUGAAAGACAUGACGUAUGAAAAGGUGGGAUCUGCUUACGGCAGUGCCAAGGACAUGGCAUAUGAGAAGGCGGGCGAUGCGAAAGACAUGGUGUAUGACAAGGUGGGAGCUGCUUACGGCAGUGCUGAGAAAGCAAAGGAUUACGGGUAUGAAAAAACCGGCGAUGUGAUCAGGAUGGCCACAGACAAGAGCAGUGAAGCCUAUGAAGGAGCUAAAGAGAGGUCAAAGAGUGCCAAAGACAUGGCAGCUGAUAAAGGGGAAGGUGCAGUAAAGUAUGGUAGAGACAAAGCAACGGAAGCAAUGGAUGGAUCUGUUGAGUAUAUUAAAGAAAAAUCACACAAAGCUAAAGAUGGAGCGGCCAAAGGGUUCGGAGAAACCAUGGAAAAGGUCAAGGAAACAUCGAAACACGCAUAUGAAACCGCAAAAGAAAAGGCUUCUCAUGUUGCCGAAGAGAUUAGGGAGCGUUAUGUUGAGCUCUAAAAUCAGUUUCUCUUACAAUUCUGAAUUUUAAUCAAAUCUAUUUUCCAAAAUGUAAACACAAUAGUCUAACAAGGAUCUUAGUAUAUAUUAAAGUCUCUUACAUUUCUUUCUUCUUGGCUGUUUGCUUAUUAUUGUGCAUCCAA